AUGGCUCAGCACAGGAUCGUCUUAUGGAUUUUAGUGUUUAUUUCAGGUCAGUUUGGCUCUGUUUCAACCCAAAGCCCAAAUGUUUGCAAGACCUUUGGCAGUGGGGUCAUAAACACUUUCAAUGAGACCAUUUUCCAUGUGAAAUCUACAUGUCCUGUAAAACUGACACACUUCUCUCAUGCGGGAGUCGACUGUUUUAUCUCUGUGCAACGUGAUCCAACUGGACUCAUGAAGAGAGUGGAGAUUCUGGUGAAUAAAAUUGUGACCAUCAUUCAGGAUGGCAUGAUCAGUAUGGAAGGAAACAGCAUCUCUCUGCCCUAUGACCACACCUAUCAAAGUGUGUACACGUUUGGCAUUUAUACCAGGCUUACAAGCAAAGUUCUGCCUCUUUCUGUCACAUGGUACAGUGUACCUGAGGGAGUCACUUCACUUUGGAAUCAAGGUGCUGCUUUUCCUCCCACCUGCUCCAACCCUCAGCUUCAGACAGAAUUUUAUACCAGCACAUGUCUUCCUCCAGAUGGUUUGGUCUUGAACGAUCGAGCUGAAGGCUACCACAGUGUUAAGGUGGAGGACUGUCCUUGUGUGCACAGGGGAAGAACUUAUGCCCCAGGGCAAACACGCAGCUCAAAGUGCCAAACUUGUGAAUGCAUCAGAGGAAAAUGGAUCUGUUCAGCUAACACCUGUCAGACUCCGUGUGUCAUUGAAGGCUGGUUUGUCACUACCUUUGAUGGUAAACAAUAUUCUCUGCCCGGAAAAUGUACCUAUAUGGCUGCAAGGGGACUCAACUGGACUGUGACCAUCAAGCUUUCUGAUAUGACUAUAGAAGAAAUGUACUUCGAUGUGUAUCAGCUAAAAUGUCUAUAUUUUUGCUUGUUUCAAAAAUGUAAAUCAUUUUACUUUACAGAACAUGUCACAGUCUACUGGGAGUCUUCGAUGUUCGUUAAGGUCCAGGCAACUUUUGGAAUGAAGAUGCAAGUCCAAGUUUCUCCAGAAGUUCAAAUGUACUUUGGAGCUCCUGAUGAAUGUAUUAGCAAAAUAUCAGGUCUUUGUGGAUCAAACAACAACAAUACAGAAGAUGACUUCACUGCGAGUAGUGGUAUUGUGGAAAACUCAGCUUGGCCUUUUGCUCUGUCCUGGACGCUGGGGGACUGCACACCAAACAAUUCCCCCAUAUGCACCAACACUGAUAACGAGCUGUUUGCUGAAAAUAAGUGCAGCCAGAUGACAAACACAAGUGGUGUGUUUGCCCAGUGCCAUGACUAUGUGCCUGUUAACACUUAUUUUGAUGCCUGCGUUCAGAGAACUUGCCAUGCUACUUCUGGCUUAGAGGAGCAUGCAUGUGUUGGCCUGGGAAACUAUGCUAAAGCCUGUGCCAGUCAGGGCAUCAACAUUGGUGACUGGAGAGCAGAAACACACUGCAUUCAUCCCUGCAAGAGUAAUCUGUGGUUUGACUAUACCAUGCAGGCAUGUAAUCGUACAUGCCGCUCAUUAUCUGGUCCUGACCCAACCUGUGACAUGCCAGAUGACCCAGUGGAGGGUUGCGGAUGCCCAUCUGGCACAUUCCUCAACAUACCACACAAAUGUAGCCCUCGUGACCUUUGCUACUGCAUCUACACAGGUGGAACAGUGCCUCCAGGGCCUGUGGUUAUCGAUGGACGCCAAUGGUAUGCUAGUGCUGAAGAGAGGUGUAUCAGUGGCUGUUACUGUCCCGAGGGCCAAUAUGCAGACCAUACAGGCAGCUGUGUGACUCAGGAGAACUGCACAUGUGAAUUCAGUGGGGUGGUUUAUGCAUCUGGGCAGAGUGUGGAAUCAAACUGUAAAACAUGCACUUGCAGAGGAGGCCAAUGGGACUGUAAAGGUGAUCCAUGCCCAGGAGUGUGUGAAGUGUUUGGCAAUGGACAAUACAAGACCUUUGAUUCCAAAUGGUAUCGUUUUGAUGGCCACUGUCAGUACACUCUAGUUGAGGACAUCUAUGGGCAGUUUUCCAUUAAAGCAGAGAGUGUGCCUUGUUGUGAUGAAAUUCUGACCUGCUCCCGCUCCGUCUCAGUAAAACUCAAGGAUGAAGUGACUCUGAUCCUGCGUGAUAUGAAUGUAACUCAGAAUCUCCUGGAUGGGUGGCGUCUCAGAGCUCAGUCACUGUACUCCAUCCACACCGUGGGCCUAUACAUCAUCAUCUCUGUGCCUGAACUGGGCCUCAGUGUGAUUUGGGACAAACAAACGAAAGUGAGAAUUGAACUGCAAGCCUCAUGGAAUGGUAAAGUACGAGGCCUGUGUGGUGACUUUGAUGGAAAGUUAAUGAAUGACUUGCUGACCAGCAGCUCUGCUGUAGUGUUCAGCACACUGGAGUUUGGGAACAGCUGGAAGACAGCUGUGCCCCCCUGUUCAGAUGUAACCCAGGAGUUGUUUCCCUGUGAACGGCACUCAUACUGCGCGGCUUGGGCGCAAAGACGCUGCAUGAUUCUACACAGUGACACGUUCAAAGCCUGCCACCUGAAGGUUGAUCCAACGCCUUAUUACCAGGCCUGUAUUCUGGAGUCAUGCUCCUGUGAUUUUGAGGGCAAGUUCCUGGGAUUCUGCACAUCUGUGGCAACAUAUGCUGAUGCCUGCAUAACCCAAAAUGUCUGUAUCAAAUGGCGAACUCCUGACUUGUGCCCGGUCUAUUGUGACUAUUACAAUGAAGAGGGUCAGUGCAGCUGGCAUUAUGAAGCAUGUCCUCAACAGAUCAGAACUUGUGGGAAAAACAACAAAUACUCUGGAAAGCUUGAAGGUUGUUACCCACAUUGCCCUGCUGAGAUGCCGUAUUAUGAUGAGAACAGAAGAACAUGUUCCAGUUUGGACAACUGCACUUGUUAUUUCAACAACACUGUGGUUGGACCUGGUGCUAAAGAUCUGAGUAGAAACCAGAGCUGGCCAGAGGGUUAUCAAUGGACAGAAAAUUGCUUCAAUAAAACUUGCAUCAACAGUAGUAUUGUGAUGACACCUUUCAUAUGCCCAACUCCAGUUGUACCUGUGUGCCCCAGAGGAAAGCCACAGCUAGUAAAAGAUGAGGAAGGCUGUUGUGACAUUUUUCACUGUGACUGUCAAUGUGAUGUCUAUGGAGACCCCCACUACACUUCCUUUGCUGGACAGGACUUUACAUUCCUGCAAAACUGUACAUAUAUUCUGGUGGAAGAAAGGACUCCACAUCACAAUCUCAGCAUCAGUGUUGAUAAUUAUUACUGUGAGCCAUCUGCUUCCUGUGCCAAGGGCAUCAUUCUGAAAUACCACAACAACACAGUAAUACUUCAAGUGCGUCAAGAUCCUGAUGGAAUGAUGAGCACAUUAGAAACUACUCUGAAUCAAGUAACAAUAAAACCACCAUAUCAAGCAAAAGGAUUUAAGUUUGAGACCACAGAUGCAGAAGUCUAUAUUUACAUUGAAGAGAUCCGCUCAUACGUCUUUCUGAGUGUAUGGAACACACUGAAGAUCAAUCUAGCAAUGGAGCACUUCUUGAAUAACACGCAAGGACAGUGUGGAAUUUGUGGAGGCCCCUCAUGUAUACGCAGAAAUGGUUCGGUUGAGAGUGAGAACUGCUGUGAAAAGACUGCGUAUGAUUGGGUAGAGGAUGAUCCACUGAAACCAUACUGCCGACAAGCCCCCCGGCAUGUCCCUUGUAACCGUGACCUACCAACACCAAGGCCUCCUCCACCCUGCAUAGCUCCUCUCUGUGAACUCCUCAGACAUAAAGUGUUCAGUAAAUGCAGUGAGGACAUUGACAUGGAGAAGCUGAUGAGUAACUGCAAGUUUGAGUUCUGUUUGUCCAACAACAACGCCACUGUGUGCUCCUCACUAGAGUAUCUAGCUGAUCACUGCAAGAAGACAGGCUUCUGUGUUGGCUGGAGGAACCUGACCAGUGGAAUUUGUGACUGCAAAGGCCCACUGGGAGAACCCAUGAUGCCUGGGGCAAUAUGGGAGUCCAAGUGCCACAUGUGCACAUGCAGUAACCAAACUAAGACAGAAGAAUGUUGGCGAAAACCUUCACCUCCACCUCCAACAUGCGGUCCUGGCUAUGCUCUCAUCUCUGACUGCUGCGACAAUCCGAUAUGCGGUAAUUUAGCACUUCAUCAACUGCAGUUCAGCUUUUCAGUGGGUGGAACAUGGAGGGAUCCCCAGAACCCCUGUGUAACAUUUCACUGUACAAGAGAAGGCACUGAAAUAGAGAAAAAUGUGUGUCCACAGCAGUUUUGUCCUGAGGUGGAUGAGGUCUGGGAAUGA